UCCCUAACGUCUUUUCUAUGGGACAUCGUCAGCUCCAAACGGCUAAGUCUAAACACUCAAUUCUCCUUUCCCUAGCUGCUUGCUAUCUUUACUGGCUGCUUCCCUUGUUGAACUUCGGUCACCCGAGACGAAAUCUGGUUGCAGAAGCAGUACAAUAAGUUAGACAUUUCAGCUAAAAGGCUAUAUUGCACUUUGCUAUCUCUUAUACUGCUAAUCUGUGUACCAAUUUGCCUUCUUUAUUUUGCUCCUCUUUUACUGAGAAAAAUUGCUAUUUCUGGUAGUGGGGACCCAGAAAUUACCUACAAGGUACAUAGUAGAUAGCUAUGCAGGGAUCCUUCAGGUUGAUGAAUAAUGUUAGCUUGGACAUUCACUGAAUCAGAGAAAAUUACAACUGAAGGACUUUUCAAGUUGUUGAUACCAUAGACGGUAUUGGUUCUAAAAACACUUGCAGAGUUCAUGUUAGCAGGCAAUUCACUUUUUUAUUUUUUUUUGAUAGUCCCAUUCUAGUCUCAAGAAAAAUCCCAUACACCACCUUACACUCUGCCUCCACAGAAGUCUCUCUUACAUGGCUUCUCUAUUUUUGCCCACUUCCUUCCUCCGUCCAUCAUCUUUCCAUCAUUCUCGUCAUCUUCGAUUACAAUCACAUCACCAUCAUCAUCAUCAUGAUUAUCGAAGUUAUCUUCUCUUUCCUCUUUCGCUACGAUAUUCAUUUCGUUCAUUUUGUGCUCCUCAGUCCAUUGAUACUCCACCCUACUCAAAUGAGGGAACAAUAUCUGUCAUCAACUUCGAAGAUUUUGCUGAGAAAGACUGGUCAUUUCUUGAAUCUGAUGAUGUAAAUUCCAAUGAACAACGUGAUAAGGCUAAACGGAUAAUCUCUGCUGGGGACAUUGAAGAGAAUUCUCGCGUUUUGGUUUCAAUUGGCACUGAAGAUUUCAUUGAAAACUUGGUUGAUUGGUUUCCCUGCCAACUUUUGCUUGUUGUUCAUGACUCACUGUUCACUUUAGCGAUGAUCAAGGAGAAAUAUGAUAAAAUUAAGUGCUGGCAAGGGGAAUUGAUCUAUGUGCCAGAGAAAUGGGCACCUUUUGAUGUGGUGUUUCUCUACUGCUUACCUGCUUUGCCCUUUGAACUUGAUCAGAUUUUUGGAGCAUUGGUGGCUCGUUGUUCUUCAGGUGCAAGACUGGUCAUUAGCUACUCCCAAGGAAGGGAGGCUUUGGAAAAACAAAGGCAACCCCAUUCUGAUGUGAUUGUCUGUGACUUGCCUGAUAAAGCUACUUUGGAGAAGGUUGCAGCCAAUCAUUCUUUUGAGAUUGCCGAAUUUGUUGACGAGCCUGGUUUUUAUCUUUCUGUUUUGAAGUUUUGUAAGACAGGAACCUCAAAGGAAUAGAUGGUUGAUACUUCUAAUGGAGUAAAAACUGGCCGUUUCAUGUGUAGGAUUUGACAAAUGAGAUCAGAAACAGUUGUGCAGUCAUUCAAAUUUGGAAUUGUGGUGUGCUUCAGCUUCUGUUAUUGAUGGCAAUCUCAGCUACUGGAUAGUUACUGUUGUUGUUAUUCUUACAUGUGAUGCUCCUCUGAACCCAUGGAGAAAAGGGUACUCCCUGGGAAGUUUAAGAGGGGGGGGGGGGGGGGGUAGAGGUAUGAGCACAGCCAGUAGUAGCAAUUGAUGCUCAUGAUAUCCACAUCAACCAACAGGGGCAGGUCUAUGUGAUAGAGGGUUUUACACCCAUCUCAUAGAUCAAAUUUAUGAAGCAAGAGUUUUGCCCGAUAGGGAUUGGGUAAGAAACCUGGCCCUUUUGUAUUGUAGAGAACAGUUCACUAGCUUUCAAGAUAUGUAAUUGUCUUGCAUUUCCCCAUGUAGGAAAAGAUUCUUGAACGGUCCACCAUUUCAAGCC